AAUAUUCACAUAGCAAUGGAGUCUCCUGUGUGUGAACUGAUUGUGUACUUAAUGCCUGGCCAGGAACAUCCGCUCUCCUCUUCUUUUCAACAUCAGCGUGGAUGAGAACCACAGACAUGGCGGUCUUAUGUCUGAUGAUCCUAUCGGCUGUUUUCAACGUGGUUUUUUCAGACGAACUCUCUAAGGACCACAGAGGCACGGAGUUUGUUUUAGCAUUUAUACCUAAUAACCCGAUGACGGAUUCCCAUAUCUUGUACAUAGUGAGUGAAGAGGUUUGUGAAGUGAUGCUCACUGGGGACCACGGCUCAUAUUCCAAAAUAAUAUCUCUUAGUCCAUUGAUUCCCCACAACGAGGACCUGGCCGAGACGUGGAAGUAUACUGGCGGUCUGGAUAUGUCCGUUGAAAGGAAAACGCUACAUAUCAUAGCGACAAGAAAUAUAACUGUAUUUGCUUCGUAUGACAACAACCAGAGCGUUGACGGCUUCCUUGCGAUUCCUGUGGAACAUUUGACCAGGAAUUAUGUUGCAGUUUCUAGAGAUGCUGUGCCCGACCCUUCUCAUCUUGUAAUCGCGGGACUCUUUGAUGGCACAAAUGCUAUUAUCAACCUCCGUCUUCUGAAUGGAACCUGUACCACCGCCGGUUACCAGAAUGGAACGACAAUAUCGCUCACAGUAAACAGAUUUGAUGUCAUUGGCCUGUCCUGCUCGGGUGAUUUAACAGGAACUGUGAUAACUAGUGACCACCCAGUUGCUGUUUUUUCCGGCAAUGAAAGGGCUGCCGUCCCUACGACGUCGCCUAAUGCUGGCCUGAUGAUUGAAAUGCUGAUUCCUUUGGAAUACUUUGGGAAGAGCUAUGUCCUUACAACAACUAUGCGGAACCCAAACGGAACCAUAUACAGAGUUGUUGCUCACAUGGAUAACAGUGUGGUAACAGUGGGCAGUCAGGAUCCUGUCGUUUUAGGUGUGGGCGAGUUUCAUGAUUUCGACACUGAAGUUACAGGAACUCAGAUUCUCAUGUCUACACACACAGUGAUGGUUAUCGCGUAUGGCAAGGUUGUUGUCGGAAACCUGGGAGGCGUGUUCAUGGCAACUGUGCCGCCAAUAAACAGCUUCUAUAAACGACCAUUCUAUGACUUUAGAAAGCUCGUGGUUGUUCCCAUGACGUAUCUGCAUGUGACAGUGUACUACAAUACCACGAUGAAUCCUAACAUUACGUUCGGGAGUCCAGAUGUGAUAGAACAUAUUCCUGGAUCCGACAUUGGAGUCCUGUCGGCCCUAACUACGGAUCUAGAGGGCUCCUCUUUUGAAACUGAUGUGCAUGAUGUCGGCAUGAUCAUUUACGCAAACCCGAGCAAGAACGCAGCGUGUGGCUACCUUGGUGGAAUGACAUUCAGGCAGGAUCCCUGCUCGUCUGGGCCAUGUCUCAAUGAUGCGGCUUGUGUCUACGCCGGCGCUUCCUUCACCUGCCAUUGUCCUGUUGGCUUUACAGGAGUCCUCUGUGAGACAGCGGAUGAUCCGUGUGUUGCUGAACCAUGCUACAAUAACGCUACAUGUUCCUCCCUCGGGACACUGUUUAUCUGCAUGUGUCCGUCGGGAUAUACAGGGAUCACGUGCCAGUCUGAGAUCAAUGAGUGCGACUCAAUCCCAUGUCUGAAUGGCGGAAUAUGCACAGAUCUUGUUGCCGGCUAUCACUGCGAAUGUGUGGCUGGAUAUACGGGACUACGAUGUGGAGCAGGAACGGAAUUAGCAACAUCUUUUCCACCAAGUAGUUCCGAAUCUCUUUUAUCGGCACUUACAUCUGUACCAAACCUGAUGACAAGUGAUGCUGGUUACCAAGCGAAGUCUGCCGACGUCCAGAUCCAGUCAUCUCAAGAGCCUGACAUGAGCCAGGAGACAAUCCAGGUAACACAAACGUUAACACCCAUGCUUCAAACCAGUCGUAACAAACAGGAGUACCCGUACGCUGUCACACGUAUCACAAUCAUCGGAGAUUCGAAGCAUACGGAAUCCGGUCUUACCAUCCUCAAGUCCGCUCUAGAAGCAACCAUGUACAAAACGAUAUACGCCAGUCACCUAGCCUCUGACAUGUCGUGCGACUAUGAAGGAACCAGUCAAGGGGAGUAUCAGUGCAUGUGUACCCGGUAUGAGAGGAAGGUGUAUGUUCUCACCGAGGAGGCUAAGGAAACCAUUAAAGAAGACACUCAGAGGAGGCUGCUGGUUGACACUGCCAAUCUGACUAAGACCUUGUUGAAGUAUAAGAGUGUGGAGGAUAACAGGCCCUCAGCAAAGGGCAUCGGAUCAGUGGGAGUAAUUAUGUUAGUAAUGACAGCAGCGGUUAUUGUGGUUCCCGAUAUGUUGUUCCUUGUACAAAACGUUAUGAGGAAGUGUACUGGGAAGAAAACAUAUUCUAAAUGCUAGAGUGUCGUCUUGACUGUAGGGCCUUUUAUGGUGCAAUUAUGUUUCGUGUACAAAUCAACAUUACUUACACAGGAAAUAUACUGAACUGAGCAAAAGAAACGUCACCUCAAGUAACAUUGCAUGAAAGGUUGUCAUUUAAAUAUCUGGGCAAUUUUUGUCAAAGUUUCUAAAAUUUAAUAUUACCUUGUCCGGAA